CAGCGCGCGCUGCGUUCGGCGCUGCGGCGCGUCUGCGACGCGCUGUGGGGCGGCGCCGACGCCGGCGGCGCCUCGUCGCCCGCCGCGACCCUGCCACCGCCCUCGGCGGCGGCGGCCGCAGCGGCCGUCGCCGCUCUCAGGUCCGAGGUUGAGGCUUUCGAGGGCCGCGCCGAUGACGAGCUCGCGAACGACGUCCUCUCGGGUGGCACCUUCUCCUCGGCUUCGCCGCCGCCCCCGCUCCGCCUGCCGGCAGCCUCCCCGACCAGCCCGGCCGCGAGCGCCGCCGGCGCCGCGGCGUCCGCGCUGCUGCCCGCGUCGACGCGCGCGGCUGUCGUGGACGCCGCUGACGAGGACGGCGCUGAUGUCAGCACGACGGCGGCGCUGGGCGGCCACGCCCUGGACGGCUGCGGCCCCGCGUCGAGCUGCAACGACCCAGGAUCCUCGGACCCCGAGGGGUGGGUCGAGAUCGACUCGUCGUCUCCGAGGUUUGGAGCGGCGCGCGGCUGA